UUAGGUCUAUGCUUGAUGAUAGCGUAUUGUCAAAUAUCAAAAUAUUUAACGGCUGUUGUAAGUCAUAAAGAAUUUCAAAUUAAACGACGCCUAAUUCCUGAGUAUGAUAUAAGAAUAUAAUUUUCAAUGAAACUUUGUUUGAGAAAGAUUGAUUGUUAUAAUAUCCAACAUUGCAGAAGUAGAAAGAAGUAAGAAGAGAAACAACUUAACCAUGGCAGAUUCUUCAGAAUCAGAUCUUUGUGAAGUAACAAAUAGCCCUAAUUUCACUGGGAUGGUGAAGAGAGCAAAGAAAAUUACAGAUGAUUUACCAAAGGUAGCAGAUACCAUUGAAAAUAUUAUAAGGGGAAAUUACCGAAAGUCAAUUAUUAGUAGAGCAGUACAUCCAUCCUUAGUUUGUAGUACACCUUUUGCCCCAAAUAAAUUGAAGGAUAACAUCUCUUUUUCAAGUAUUUCAACAUUAUUAUCUGAAUCUGAGGAACAGAACAAUCAAAGUUAUAGAAAACCCCAAAAUCUCAAGCCUCAACAAAAAGAGAUUUCAAUUAAUGGUGACAAAAAUAUUUCAGCUUAUAGAGAGCCAUUGAUUGUAGAGAAUACUAGUGGACAACAAAUAUCAAAACCUUCUUUAAAUAGUUCAUUUGAAAAGGAACAAUUAGCUAUUGAUGAGUUCAGUAAACACCAAACAUCAAAACUAAAUAUUUCAACCAUUCAGAAAAAUAACAUACCAAAUAUUGUCAAUGACUGUAGAAUAGGAGAAGAAAGUGGCCUCAAUAAAUCAAAUAAAAUAAUCAAUGAGGAAAAUAAAUACAGUUCUACCGGAAGUGUGCAAUCUGCAAUAGAAAUAGACAAUCAAUUAUCGACCAGUAAACUGAAAAAGAGAAAGGCAGAACACUCUGGGCACAAGCAAAAUGAUAUCCAAUAUGAUUCACAUUCAAUUUCUAAAAGGAAAAAAGCAAUAGAAAGAACAAUAGAAGAAAGCAGUUCGAAUAGUGCAUUAUCUUCAGUUGAUAUUCCUGAUAAAUCUAAUUUCUCUCACUAUGUCCCAAAAAAAAAAGAAGGCAUUAUUAAAGAGAAAACAUAUUUUCCACUUAAAGGAAAAAUGGGCAAGACAAGAGCAAGAUCGCUUUCUAAAACAAAAAAAUCUCAUAUUAAAUAUGUGUAUGUUUCUGAUAAAGAAAAUGACAAUAACUCAGAUAUAGAAUAUAAGCAAAAAAAUGUUGUAGCCUCCAAGACUAUCGAAGGAUUGAAAUACUCUGAUAGUUCUGAAGAAUCUGAUUAUUCAGUUGAAUUGGAUAGACCUAUUAAAUUGAAAACAAAAAAAAUUAAGCCUCAAGGCAAGUUGAUUUACAUUGAAGAUGAUCCUGUGAUGGCAUCUGAGCAGAAAAUCAUUAAGCAAAGAAUUAACAAGGGAAGAUCAAUAUCUCGAAGAAAAAAAGAGUAUUUUCAUGACUGGGGUUCUAGGAAUAGAAAAACAAUCAAGGAAGUACUCAAAACGAAUAAUGUAGAAUUGAACAGAUUUCCUCAAAUUAAAAGGAGGACAAGAUUAGUUGAAGUAAGUAUGAGCGAUUCAGAUAUACCUGAAAAAGAAGAAAGGAUAAUAUAUUACAAGGUUCCAAAGACUUCCUCUAGAAGGCAUCUAAAGGAUAUCAUCUCUUUACCAGAAAUAGAACACAAACAUAGGGUGGUUCCAUCAAGAUAUUAUGAACCUUCAUGUUCAUAUGUAGAAAAAAAUGACUCUGAGAGACCCAAAUCAAGAAGGAAUUAUAGUAGACCUAGAAGAACUCGUGCAUCUUCAAAUCAAGGAAAUUAUUCUCCAGAAGAAUAUACAAGUUCAAGUGAAUGUGAAGCAGCCAAAAACUUCCAUAAUGAAAAAAAAAGUGCUUUCAAAAAAUAUUCUAGAUUAUCUAGAAGAGACUCUUACAUCUUGGAAAAAAAAAUUCAGAAUAAAAACCCUAAAUCAGUUGAAAGAAAUAUUGAACAAAAUAGCUUUCCUUCUACUGUUCUUCAUGGAAGGCAUGAAAAGUUCCUUGACACACCACAUCAAGUGAUUGACCCUCAUCAACAAAAUUUAAAAUUAAUAAUUACAGAAAUUGUGAAUGAUCAGUUGAACAAAUUUAAAAAUGUUUAUUCAAAGCCUUCAAAUGAAUCAGAAGGAAAAAGUGUCAACAAAAUUCUUGAUAGUGCAGAUGAAACAUCCAUUUCUAAUAAUAAGAAUAUAAACAAAAAUAACAAUUUAAGUAAAAAUUGUAAUAGCGCAUCAUUAGAAUCACAGGAAAAUGUUGAUAAAUCCUUCACUGGAGCUGAAAAUUCAAACAUCUCUAUCAACAAAACUCUUGAUAAUGCCUAUGAAACAUACAUUCCUAACAAUGAGAACAUAACCAAAAAUAAUGUUUCAAGUAAAAAUUGUGCUAGAGAAUUAUUGAAAAAUGUUGAUAAAAUUGUCGUAGCAACUGAAAAUUCAGAUAUCUCCUGCCCCUUUGAAAAAUUUGAUAAAAUUAAUAUAACUGAAAAAAAGAAAAUAUUGAAAAGACUUGCAAGGACCCAAUGCAGUGAAUCAGAUUGGGUUUAUAACUAUAUCUUUCCUAUGCUGCCACAAAGAAAAACCCAGAAACGCAGAAAAACCCCAAAUAAGAUCUUGAAUAGAAAUAGUCUCACUAAUAUUAUUGAAUUACUAUCUCAAAAACCUUCAGAGAUAGUUAAUGUAGAUAUAUUUACAUCUUCCAAAGAAUUUCAGAUGGAACCUUCAUUAAAUGAAAAACAUGAGAUACAACCAAGAAAUAUUGAUGUAACCACAAAUAGUAAUCCAUUACUUCUUAAUUCUGUUGAACAUUAUAUGAAUUCUAAGAACCACAAAACUAAAAACACCAUUGGUGUUUGUUCUCUACCAUCAAAAAAAAUUAUUAUACACAGUGUAAAAUCUAUAGUUGAUGAAGAAAAUUCAAAUAAAAAUGACAUGAAUAAACCAUUAACCAGAAAAAUAAAUGAAACUAUCACAGAGUUGGAAACCGAAAGCAAUGUAGCAAGUAAUUUAAAUGAAUCGUGUCUCAAUAAUUUUCUAGAGCCUACAGGAACACCUGAGGAGAAAACUGAAAAAGCUAUUUUAAAUGAGGAGGAUCGGACUGAAAUUCCAAAAAUCAGAUUAAAUACAAAAGUUUCACCAAAUGAAUCAAAACAUUUUGAAUGCAUUCCACAGGAAGAAAAAAAAUUGUCUGAUAAAAUGGUGGAUAUUAGUGAUAGAGGUACUACUUUUCCUUCAAAUCAAAUAUCUAAUUGUGUUGUUUUUCUUACGAGAUUACCUGAACAGAGUACAGAUGAAUCUACAAGAGUACCAAAAAAAAAGGUUAGAGCAUCAUCUAAUACUAAAUCACAAACUGAGAAUGAAAGACAGAAACUUGGAGUUAAUCUUUCUGAUAGUCGAAGAAUUUGUGACCAAAAAGAAGCUUCAAGUGGAAUUAGUAGCACUAUUGGUACAAGAAAAUCUACCAGAAGAAGAAAUGCAGUAUGCAACGAUAAUUAUUUGAAAAACAUUUUUGGUACACCUGAAAAAGGAAGAGAAAGAAAAACAACUACUAAACAAUCUGUUAAAAAGGGAUCAAAAACAAAUAAGGAAGGGCCAAAGUCAAAGGAAUCUGAAUACUCAACCGUUGAUGAAGACUCUGCAACUAAAGUAGCAAAAUCCAGCAAAGGAAAAAAAAACGGCAUUACCAAAAAACAAAAUAAAAAUUCUACUGUAGAACCUCUAUCAGAUCAAGCUGACGGGGAUUAUAUUAGCAGUAAUGGUUCUUCUACUCAUAGCAGGGCAGCAAGCCCCUUUGAAAAAGAGGACAAUUAUUCAGUUGAUGAAGAGCUGGACGAAAAAUAUGUGGAAAAAGAAAUAAUCACCAAAAAGGCUGCAAAAAGACAAGCAAAAUCAAGUGGGAAUAAAAUGACUUCAAGUGAUUCUGAAUCUACAUCAACAGUUAAAGAUUCUAAUAUAAAUGUCACAAAGCCCAAGAACAGGAAUACCUCUCCAAAACCUAAAAAACGAAAGAAAAGAAAGACACUGGGCUGCAAAAUACCUAAAAUGAAAACUGUAAAGAAGAAAGACGUUAAAUCUCCAUCCAAGAAAACAAUUGAAGGUUCUAUGGGCAACAUUUCUAUAGAGGCUAGAAAAUCUUCUGGAAGUAAAAGUGCCAAAAAUAUUCAUUAUAUGGAGGAAAAUAAUUCAUCAAUUGUUCAAGAUCAAUCCAAUGAUCCAGAGCAUUGGGCAAGAGGUGACAUGCACAUCAGGAAUCUUGGAAAAACUCAUACAGGAGUCUAUAGUUUAGAAGAAAAAUAUGGAUAUAUAGCUCUGCCACCCAAAUCGAAAAAAAAAUUCAUCAACACUGAAUAUGAUGUGUUUUACACCAGACUAGAAGGUGCCAAUAGCUUAUUAUCAAGGGAAAUUAAUCUACAGGAAGCACCACUUUUCUUCGUAAUACCUAAAGGAACACCUGCUUGCAUAAAGAACACUGGCGAUGGGCGUGUUUUAUUAUUUUAUUUAAUUAAAAAAUGAAUAUGGCAUUUGCAUACUCUUGUUCUCUCUUAUCAUUUUUUAUAAAUAAUUUCGUUAUUAAUGUUAUAUAUAUCUUGUUGAAUA